AUGUGGAAGAUUCUUGCAGCAGUCAACCAAAGCCAAGAAGGCCUAGCGGCUAAAGGCGUUGCUUUCCUUGAAGUGUUCAUCAAGAAAGACAAUGACAAGCCCGAUGCCACUUUGACCGGUCCUAUCAGCAUCCAACGUUAUGGCUCGACUCCUCUCUUUCGCAUUGUCGUGCAUAACACCGAGAUGACAAGAAACAUUGGCGCCUUCUGCCUUCCUGUCGAUUGUGUGUGGACUUGCAAACAUAGAGUGGUCAAGAGCAAGAAUAGUGGAAGGAAGGCUGUCAAAGCAACUUUGUCUUUUGAUGAAGGUAGUGUGGAAGGCUUCGAUCGGUUUGACGUCACUCUUGCUUAUGAUGGCAUCAAUGGAGAGUCAAAGCUACUCGCAGAGUCCCUUGUCUUUGCUUCCCAAGAAGUGGUCGAAGCGGUCUACACCUCCGAAGCUGAAGCCAAUGCCUCCGACGACGAAGAUGAGUCCUCCGACGGCGAAGACAAGUCGGACAUGGAGACCGAUGAGGAAGAGGACGAUGCCAAGCCCAAAGCAACAAAGAGAGCCGCCAAAAGGGAUGCUCCAGAACAUCCCAACGAUGUUAUGUCUCCCUCUUCGAUUGCGAUCAAGAGCCCACCUUUGAAGCGCACACGCAUUGAUUAA